GUUCUCAUGAUAUAAACAUUCAGUUUUGAAAAAAUGGAUGAAGAGGACGUUGUUCGUGUGGAUGGGAGGUUUGUUCCCUUGCACCAACUAUUAGACUUUAUUGAAGGCAAUGAUGAUGCGAUACCAAACACUGGAGUAGAUAUAACCUUACUACCACCAACAAAUGCAACAGCUGAUAUGACGGAUGAAGACUCUGGAGAGGAAGAUAAUGUUGAGAUAGACAAUGUCCCUCCAAGCCAAGUGAAUGCUCCUGCUUUGCUUGAAGUAGUAAAACAUACCUUUUGA